GCCCCGCCGCGCUGCGCUUUAGCUGGGCGCGGACUCUUCAAGAGCGGCAGUGUGAGCCGUGGCGGGCGCCGUGCUGUGCGGGGUUGAGGCGGCGCCAGCGCCGGCGCCGCUGCGGAGAACCCGCCGGACGCGGAGGCAAGCGCGGGGCGCGGCGCGGCGGGGCGCCGUGAGGCGGCGGGGGCACGGAGGGGCCGGGCGGCGGUUGGUUCCCGCGGCGGGAGUGGCGGGUUUGCUGUAAACUACCUACCGUAGCUAUAAUGACACCAGCCGUCAGAGAGGCAACAACAAAAGGUCAUGGUAUCCACUUGUCACCUUCUUUGUCCUCUAGAGCUAUGGAGUCUGAUACAGCUUUGUGCGUGGAAAAUUCCAGAGCAGUGGAAGAGAAGAUAAAAGAGGACUCCAUUGCACAGAUUACUUGCUCAGUCCUGGGGUUUCCCACUGCUGAGCCCAGCCUCAGGAAUGAUAUCUUCAAUGUGCAGCAUUUUGGUUCCCCACCAUCCUCCAAGUGCUAUCAGUCUGUCUUGUUAAUGAGUACAAAUUCUGCAUUUAGCAGCAAAACUGGUAAGCAAACGAAAGCAGGAGAGCCUGGCUGCUCCAAGAUGAGAAAGCCAUUACAUAAUGGUGCUGACACAUCAUUUGGUCAUAUUAAUCGUUCAGAACCUGAGCAACAGGUCAAAGGCGCAGCGUUUUCAGAGACCACAUCUCCAAACUUGGCAGGAAUGCAGAGACUUUCAGGUUCAAGUGUAACUGAAUCCAGUAAUGCAGAAGAAAUGCAACUUUUAAAUGGUAAAUGGUACAAGAAGAAUGGGGUUUUGGGUAGGGCUUUGGAAGUCUGCACUGAAACAAUAAAAGGGGAUUUAUUACACCAAAUUCUUCACGGGCCUUCAGAAGGGAUUUUGAGCUGCACCCAGGAGGAGGUGUAUGCUCGCUUACUCCAGUGUGUCACUAAGCAACAAAUGGAAAUCAGUCGCGCCAAAAGAACUCAGAAGCGUUUACAAAUGCUCCUGGCAAAGCAUGUUAUCAAACACUGUGAUCAGCAGCUGAAAUGCUUUGUGAAACAUCAGCUUCAGAGAAUGAAGGUUUUCCAUGAGCCAGCUAGAUUUUUGAGCAAUAGCUCCCUCAGAUGCACUGAAGGUUGGCCGGAAAACAACACAACUACUUCAGAGAGUAGUUUGAGUGUGGAUGUACAGAACGGAGUUAGCGUUGCACCAGGAGAAGUCCGUGGCUUUGCACUUUCUACUGGAGGGCUGCUGUCUCGUGUGGAGAAGGACCUGGACUCUGAUGCAACCUGUAGCAGCUCAGAUGAAGAUGGUGAGGAACAGACUGUAAGAGCAACUGUGGAAGCCAGCUAUACUUCUGAAUGGAAGUGGCUUGCAGACAGAGCUAGAAUUGGCAGCCGUUGGACAUGGCUUCAAGCCCAGAUUUCAGAACUAGAAUACAAAAUCCAACAACUAACUGACCUUCACAGGCAAAUACGUGCCACCAAGGGGACAGUGGUCUUAGAAGAAUUCCCAUUUCCAAAAGACAUUUUGAAGAAGCAAAUACAAUUGACAGACCAAGAAGCUUUAUUAAACGCCACAGGGAAUUCACAAGCUGCCAUCGAGAGACAGAAUUCUUUGCCAGAACAUGACUUUGAAAUGUCACCCAGCAGUCCUACUCUGCUUUUACGAAACAUUGAAAAACAGAGCGCACAACUAAGUGAAAUCAUUAGCAGCCUAAUUGCUCCACUCAAUCUGUCUCCAGCUUCUUCAUCUCUUUCAUCCAAGACCUGUAGACACAGACAGCUGGUCAAUGGCAUCUCCUUCAGAGCUUCAGAUAAUAGAGAGGUAUCCUCUUCAAGCAGCUGGCUGCUUGACCAUCAGCACAUCAAGAAAAGAAGAAGAGACAGGACAAGACUCAGAUCUGUGUCUGUGAAUAGUGUGAGCACAUCUGCCCGAACAAGGCCACUUCAUAGUUUCCAGAAGAGGAAACUCUACAGAAUGCACAGUGCCUGUCAUUGGAAUCAGCAGACUUUUCCAUCUAGAGAUGCCUCCUUUCCAUAUAAAACUCAGUUGCCAUGUGUGGUGCCACCCUCCACUUUCAGCAGCAGUGAGUACAGCACAGAAUCUAAAAUCCUUGAUUAUGUGCAAGAGCUGGACUCUUCCUUCCAUCCAGUCUUAUCAUUCCCUUCAGAUAUUCCUCUUCACAUAUACUUUGAAACAUUAUUAAGGAAGGAUGACAUCAAAGGAGAACCUGUUGAUACCUCAUCUCUGGGAGGGGAGUUUAAAGUAUCUGCUGACAAUGACUAUAAUCCACAUGUUUCUGUCAAACAGUGGAGCAGUGGCUGUUUGUCUAAUUCCAAAUCUCAGUUGGUGUUAGGAACACCAGACCAGCUGUCAGAAGGAAGGAAGAAAAGGCAUCUAAGUGAGACAGCAGUAGGCGAAAGUAGCGCUCAGUUUGAGACCUUCUCCUUCCAACAUGCAGAGCCCAAGUCCCACAGCAGUUUUACUCCCACGAGCAGUGUCAGUGCCAUGUCUCGGCCCACUCACAGCACUUCAUCACAGCAUAACUCCAGGAGGAGGUUGAGAAGUGAGAGCUCCUAUGAUAUAGACAACAUUGUUAUUCCCAUGUCGCUGGUGGCACCAUCAAAGUUGGAGAAACUACAGUACAAAGAAAUCCUUACUCCAAGCUGGAGAGUUGUUGAACUUCAACCUUUAGAAAAAUCUCAAACAGAUGAAGAAGAGGUAGAAGACCUGUCGGACAAAGCUUUUUCCUUGCGCCACACCAAGUACGAAGAAAGAGAGCGCAUGAGGUGGUCGCUGUGGGAGCAGAGCCGCUGGCCCAGGAGGAACAGCAGAUCUUACAGCAAAAAUGCUGAUGGUCGACACAGCCAGGACUCAGUGCAGAAAGACCAUUGCGCUGCUGACCCUGCUCCUGACCCAACUUCAGAAGCCCACAGCUCUGUUUGUUCAGAGAUGGCACCACUCUGCAGGGAGAGCCAGGAAGAGAAGUCUGGGCUGUGGGAACUUCGAGUUUUUCCACUAAAAGAUGAAGAGGUUGAAGCUUUACUGUGCCAAGAUCAAGUAACGAAUCAGACUGAAAUGUCAAGUGCAACUUUCCCCAGCAACUCUCCCUGCACUCCAGGCACACCCACUGCUUUGCCAGACAAUGGCUAUCCACCAAGAAAACAAUUUACCCAAGAGUCAGAAGACUGCAAAAGUGUUUGCCUGGGAAGCAACAGUACAAGGAAACAAAGGUGACAGGGAAUAAUGUAGUUCAUUAAGAAAGC